GAGAGAGAGAGAAGAAAUGAGAGGGAGCAGACGAAAUCAUUCUUUGAAUCAGUAACAACAAACAGGCUGGGUCAAUGUCAGGGUUCAGAUAAGAUUAAUUUCGCGCAUCUGCAGAAAAAGUCUUGAGAGUUGUUAUUCGCCCGUAUCGUUCACAACUUCCAAUAACACGAACAUGACUUUGUCGCACAUCGUUUUUAGUGGGAUAUCAUUAGGCACCCGGCUGGGUACCCGAUCACAACUGUUGCUGCUCAACUGUAGCAAAAGAUUGUAUUCCAGCACUGAGAAUCUGCGAAAGACUUACCUUUAUGACUACCAUGUCGAGAAGGGUGGCAGAAUGGUACCAUUUGGUGGUUGGUCAAUGCCUGUUCAAUACAAAGAUGGUAUUCGGGACUCUCACCAUCAUGUACGAAACCAUGCUGGUAUAUUUGAUGUCUCCCAUAUGAUGCAGACCAAAAUCCAUGGUAAAGAUCGUGUGGCGUUCAUGGAAAGCCUCACUCUUGCUAAUGUGAAGAUCUUGAAACCUGGAGUUGGUUGCUUAACGGUGUUUACUAAUGAGAAAGGAGGUAUUAACGAUGAUUUGAUUGUCACAAACACCAGCGAAGGAUAUCUUUAUGUUGUGUCAAAUGCUGCAUGUGAUCAUAAAGAUUUCGCUAACAUGGAGAAAAAAUGUGCUGAGUUCCAUAGCAAAGGUCUUGAUGUCACCCUUGAACGACUAACUGACUCAUUGAUUGCUGUACAAGGUCCUUCAGCUGCAAAGGUGUUACAGCCAGGUUUGACUUUUGAGCUUGCAGAUCUGCCAUUCAUGCGAAGUAUCUUGACCUCGGUAUUUGGCAUCCCUAACUGCCGAGUCACCAGGUGUGGCUACACAGGUGAAGAUGGUGUUGAGAUCUCUGUGACCUGCGAAAAAGUUAUAGAACUGCUGGAAAACUUACUCAAUUCAAACAUUGAUGAAGUCAGACUUGCUGGCUUGGGUGCUCGUGAUACUCUCCGCCUAGAGGCUGGACUUUGUCUCUAUGGCAAUGACAUGGAUGAAACUACAACUCCAAUUGAAGCAUCUCUAGGUUGGUUGUUAGGUAAACGUCGGCGUCAGCUUGCGGACUUCCCUGGAGCAUCUCACAUACUCAAACAUUUGAAAAAUCCUCCACAGAGACAAAGAGUUGGCUUCACAUCAACAGGACCCUCUCCAAGACACGGUUCAGAUAUUUAUGAUGAAAGUGGUAAAAAUGUUAUUGGCAUUGUAACUAGUGGUUGUCCAUCACCAACAUUGAAGAAAAACAUUGCCAUGGGUUAUGUGAAGCCUGAAUAUACAGCAGUUGGCACCAACGUGGUCUUCGAUAUCCGUAAAAAGAUGAUUCCUGGCCAAGUAGCUAAAAUGCCAUUUGUGCCUACAAAUUAUUAUAUUGUCAAGAAAUAAAAAUGUAUUUCCAAUAUAUUUCAGAUUAUAAAAAAAGUUUGAUUUUGUUUUUAUUUUUUUCCUGUAAUUUUCUAUCUCUUUGAAUCUCUGUUUAAUUUUGAUAAUAAAAUCUA